CUGUACACCUCCGUGCCGUACGGCAAAAAAGCGCCCGCAGCCUGGUCCGCCAAGCGCUCUGAGGUGGACACGAUGUUCGAGAAGGUGAACUGGGGCAUCAUGGACAAGCGCAUCGACACCACCAUGGGCGGGCCCCAGGUGGCCCUGGCCGCGCGCGGCGGCGACGAGUACGACGUCAGCGACGCCGACAUCCAGGCGUUCUACGAGGAGACGAUCUCUGGGUCUGGCGGCGACCCCCCGAAGGGUACGAUUACGGCGGAGCUCAUUGUCAAGCACUUCCACGGGACGUGGGACGACAAGGGCACGUUCACCCGCUACAGCGGCCAGUGGAAGGGCCCGCCCCCUGGGGGCAUCGGCAAAAAGGACAUCGCCGUCGGCAUUGCGGGCCUCAAGGAGCAGAUGAAGCUGGGCAAGCACGUCGUCAAGGGCGGCCCCGGGAAGGACGAGACGCAGAAGGUGAUGGACGACGGAAAGGGCUGGGUCUGGCUGGCCGCAGACAUGAGCCCUGGUGGCCUGGCGGUGCAGCUGUACACCUCCGUGCCGUACGGCAAGCGCCCGCUGCUGGUCGCCAAGCGCUCCGAGGUGGACACGAUGUUCGAGAAGGUGAACUGGGGCAUCAUGGACAAGCGCAUCGACACCACCAUGGGCGGGCCCCAGGUGAUUCAGCGCGCCAUGGCUCCCUUGCGCGGCACUGCGCUGCCCGCCUCCCUGGCCAUUGCGCUCGGCCUCUACGUCUUGCCGAGCGCCUUCGUGGCGCCCGCGCCUUCCGCACGCCCGGCCGCCUCGGUGGCCAGCCCGCGGGGGCAGGUGGCCCUGGCCGCGCGCGGCGGCGACGAGUACGACGUCAGCGACGCCGACAUCCAGGCGUUCUACGAGGAGACGAUCUCUGGGUCUGGCGGCGACCCCCCGAAGGGUACGAUUACGGCGGAGCUCAUUGUCAAGCACUUCCACGGGACGUGGGACGACAAGGGCACGUUCACCCGCUACAGCGGCCAGUGGAAGGGCCCGCCCCCUGGGGGCAUCGGCAAAAAGGACAUCGCCGUCGGCAUUGCGGGCCUCAAGGAGCAGAUGAAGCUGGGCAAGCACGUCGUCAAGGGCGGCCCCGGGAAGGACGAGACGCAGAAGGUGAUGGACGACGGAAAGGGCUGGGUCUGGCUGGCCGCAGACAUGAGCCCUGGUGGCCUGGCGGUGCAGCUGUACACCUCCGUGCCGUACGGCAAGCGCCCGCUGCUGGUCGCCAAGCGCUCCGAGGUGGACACGAUGUUCGAGAAGGUGAACUGGGGCAUCAUGGACAAGCGCAUCGACACCACCAUGGGCGGGCCCCAGGUGAUUCAGCGCGCCAUGGCUCCCUUGCGCGGCACUGCGCUGCCCGCCUCCCUGGCCAUUGCGCUCGGCCUCUACGUCUUGCCGAGCGCCUUCGUGGCGCCCGCGCCUUCCGCACGCCCGGCCGCCUCGGUGGCCAGCCCGCGGGGGCAGGUGGCCCUGGCCGCGCGCGGCGGCGACGAGUACGACGUCAGCGACGACGACGCCGAAUCAGGUACGAUCGGGGAAGCUUCAUUGUCACAGCACUCCACGGGACGUGGGACGAAAACGGGCACGUUAACCCGCUACAGCGGCCAGUGGAAGGGCCCGCCCCCCGGGGGGAUCGGCAAGAGGGACAUUGCAGUCGGCAUUGCGGGCCUCAAGGAGCAGAUGAAGCUGGGCAAGCACGUCGUCAAGGGCGGCCCUGGGAGCGACGAGACCCAGAAGGUGAUGGACGACGGAAAGGGCUGGGUCUGGCUGGCCGCGGACAUGAGCCCUGGUGGCCUGGCGGUGCAGCUGUACACCUCCGUGCCGUACGGCAAGCGCCCACUGUUGGUUGCCAAGCGCUCUGAGGUGGACACCAUGUUCGAGAAGGUGAACUGGGACCUCAUGGACAAGCGCAUUGACACCACCAUGGGCGGGCCCCAGGUCAG